AUGUUUGAACAUUUAGUAGCCGUUCGGUUUGGAAAAACAAUUUUUCUGUUUUGCUUCUCACAUGGCUCCAAAAUUUCUGCAGUUUUUCAGCUUUAAACGCAUUAAAAUGGCAUUUUGUUCUGGUUUUAGGCUGGUUUUUGUUCUUUUUGGACUGAUUUUUUUCUUUGUGAGCUGGUUUUUAUUCUUUUUAGGAUAGAUUUUGAAAUUUUAUUAUAGUUCUUAUAAACUUGGAUAUAAUGAGUAACUAUUUUACAAAAUAAAUUGAAAAUUCUAUGAUAUUGUCGUUACAUUUUACUUCAAUUUUUUCAAAAUUCGUAUCCGUUUACCCAACCGACCCCUCGAAAUACCAAACGACCGGUCGAUUUACAUAAACUUAAUGUUUUUUCAGCUUAACAACGUCUACGACACACAGGCCAGUUGGUUCCUUCAAUCAGUUUGUUGAUUCGAACCAAAAAAACCAAGAGCUCAGCCCUUGCUCGCUACUCGACAAAUACACCUCGCUCAACGGACAGGUAAGGAUUACUGUUCACACCGCGGAUUAUGUUACUGGGAACCUAUUUGGUCAUAGUUUUGGAAAGUGAAAGUAGCCUGCUUAUGGGUAGUCAAAUGAACUUUCGUUUUUGGGAAUGGCAGUGGAGUCAGUACUGGGAGGAUGAUUUUUGUUCUGGGAGGGGGGGGGGGAAAUUUAAAUUUUUUAAAAAAUUUUAAAUAAUUUUGGUAUGAAGACUGAUUACCUACUUUAUAAAGAAGCUUUGGGCGUAUCUUUUUGUUUGCCCGUUCCCUCUCACACUCCCGCCUACUCCCCCCCCUCUCCAAUUUUUAUUUUUUUUUAUAAUUACCACAAUUUACCACGCCCAACAAAAAAUCCUCGCAUUUCCAGACGUCUGAAGCCGCGACGCCGUCGUCCGAAGCCGGAGCCGCGCACCAGCAGCCCAGCCCCCUCCCACCACCGACUGAAGCAGAGUUCAGCCGGCCGAACGGUGCGCAUCCACCGCAUGAUUGGUCGUGCCACGCAACGCCGUUUCCGCGUGGAACACCCCAACUCACCGCUGAAGCCCACCGUGAUUCUUUUAGCGACCGCAGAAUGGUGGUCGAUUCGGGAGACCUGCACGGUCAAGACGAAGACGACGACAAAAAUUUGAAGACCAAAAUGGAAGAGUCUUUGGUGAGUUGUUUGAUGGUGCUGGCGGUAGCUAACUUCAGAUAUUGUUGUUGGUUUAGAUACUGUAAAGCCUCUCUUUAAAUUUUGAUUUGCAGAAGCUUACUGUAACUUCCAAAUUUGAAUUGUAGACGAUAAGAAUACUGAAAAGCAUAACUUUUUACUUUUUAAUUUUGAAGAAGGUAAUGUAAAGCUUAAAAGUUAAAAAAGUACUGCAAAGCACAAAUUUAGAAUUUUUGAUAUUGAAAAACGUACUGUAAAGCUUAGAAAUGACUUCAUAUCAUAAAUUCUUUGCAAGUUUGGUAAAUGAAUAAUCCCUUAUCAGCACGCCAAGUUUUGUCUAACAUUCGAUUUUUCUAUUUUUAAACAAUUUGUUACCUAAAACGCUUUUGGAACAUAUAUCAAGUUAAAAUUUUUAUUUAGUAUUUUUGACAGUUUUCAAAAUUUUAAAAUUUAAAUUUUUUAAAAUAAAAAAAAAAUUUUUGAAUUUUGAAUUUUUUAUAAUUUUUUUUGAGCUUUUUUUAAAUGCAAUUUUAAAUUUUCAAAUUAAAAAUUGACCAAACCAUAGUACGUAUAUAAAACUGCUCUAAUUUGAUUAAACUGGUCUGCGCUACAUUACACAUGACGCCAAUUAUCGUAAUAAACAUGAUCGACCUUUCGUCUUCAGUGCACUGCACUUUGUAUACAAACCCGAAUUGUUUUACGACAUUGUACUUUUGCUAAUGGUUUUGGAAGAUUUAUGCGGAAGUUUUUGAGGUUUCGAAAUUUUGAUGAUUUAAGGUUGAAUUUGAAAUUUAAGGGGUUUUGAAGGGGCUAAAAUUAUUUUUUUAAAUUUUUUGAUUUUUAAAAAGGAGGAGCAUUCAUGGGUUUUCAAGAAGCUGUUUAGGUUUACAAAAGGCUUUUUAGGCUUAAAUAACAAAAUAUAUAAAACUUUUUUUUUAUUUUUUUGUUAACAACUUAACAUAUGAUUAUCAACUUAAUAAGACGCCACAUUAUCUAUGGUCUGUGAUAUCAAAAACUUCUCAUCAACUACGAUAUCUACCUUCUUUAUAUCAUGCGCACGCGAUUAUGGCGUUUCACAAACUAAAAUUCUAUUUUUUUUGUUAAAAAUGUAUUCGCCAAACAAAAUUUUUUUUUCUAGCUUCCCCUUCACCUUUCCCCUCCCCCCCCUCCAACUUAUUAUUUUAUAUCCUCCUUAUUAUCCUUGCCGCCAACCUAUUACUCCACCACCGACUUUAUAAUCUCACCGCUCGCUUAAUCUAUCCCCCCCCUCAUUCCCUCCCUGCUCGCCUCACCUGAAACUCCCUGCUCACUCCACCUGAAAUUCAUCUGCUCCUCAGACGCCUCGUGAUCCUCCCUCCUCUUAAUAACCGCGACAUUUCGAAUAUACUAAAUCCAGCAGACUCGAAUCGGUUGGCGCGCUGUUUUUUACGAAAAUCGGGAGAGCGUCGGUUCUGUCGAGACUUUAAUUAAAAUUAAACCCUGAAGCGUUCCCGCCGAAACACUACGUGAUUUUGGGUGGGGAAUGUGCGUCACACUUUUAAUUUUGACAGAGUUGGAAAUUAGAUUCAGAAGAACGGAGUUUUUUUACCCAAAAAAUGGAGCUGGAAAUUAAUUUUAUGCGGUUUUUGGUAACGAAUGGGCUUUUUCGGGAAAUUUCUGGCGGUUUUUUGGAGGUUUUUUGCCAUUUUUGACCGUAUUUUAAAUUUUUUUUUGAAAAAUUUGGACAUUCUGAAGUACAACUUUUAAUAAAACAUCUUUUUUCUAUAAACUUUUUAAGAUUUUGAUCACUUUCCACUAUUUUUAUCGAUAAAACGCCAUCUCUACUCGUGUUUUUCAGUUUUUUGCUCAUUUCAAUACUUUACAGUAUAAUAUAUACCUUCAGUACCUCAAAGUUAACCCACUAUGUUUUACAGUAUCCAAAAUAGCUAAUCAACACUUUAUCGUCUUGUUGUUUUAUGAAACGGUCGAUUGCGUUUCAGAAAGCCUUCCACUUUAAUGACAUUUUGGCUGACGACGAAUCGACUGACCGGUCACGUGACAGUCACGAGGUGAGGUCGCGAGUCUCGACCCGCAAUUCGUCAGCAUGCCCGCUGGUCAAACAGCAGAUGAACAACCGUGGAGGUGAGGAAUUUCGAAGUUUUAAAAUUUUUUUAUGUUUGAAGGAAUUUAAAAUUUUAAAAUUUGAAAAUAAAUUGAAUUUUUGAAAUUAAAAAAAAAUUCCAUUUUUCAAAAAAAAAUUUUAAAUUUGAAAUUCCAGAUGAGAUUUGCCCUCUGAAUCCGCACCACGAUGCGCAACACGCUUCGAACCACACCUGUAACAAUGCCACAAACUGUCGAUGGUUGAUCUUGAUGGAGCCGGUGAAUGCGUUGCAUAUUAAUGUCAUUCUCGGUGCUAAGGGACGCAUUUUCCGUGCUGAUGACUCGUUGGCCGCUGUGCUUGGAUACGAUUGUACGAACAGGUUAUUUGGUACUGAGUUGGAGCGACUAAUACCUAGUUUAAAUGUAAGUUUUUUUGUUUAUUUUUUGGAAAUUUAGGUAAAAUUUGUGGGCUAAAAACUCUUUUUUGAGCGAUAAACGUGCAAGCCAAGGCACAGUGUGCUUCUUAUAGAAAGUACUGCAUGUUAUUGUAGUGUAACUUACUGUAUGGCACUGUAAUUUGUACGAUUUUUUUAACGAAAUUACCCAAAAUGUACCUCCUACCUUAUUAAAAUCAACCCUUUCAGACCUCAGUUGAAGCCAACGGUGUAGAACAGUAUUGUUGUGGCACCUCAGUCCGCAAGAACGGUGUACCCUUUAACGUUGUAGUCGUAGUCGAGUUCGACAAAGACCAGAAUCCCCUAUCAUACGAUGUAAGGGUACGAUCGCUCGCGUCUAUAAAUGGCGUCAUCACUAUCACAGAUGCUGGUGUUGUGCAUUCGUACAACGACAACUUCCUCCACGAACUUUGUGGACGCCACAAGAAGGACGAAGAUGAAGUUGUCAUCAUUACCGACCUGAUUCCAUCGUUCUAUGAAUCCAAUUCCCUUGCGUCGUUGUCAGCUGAUCAAGCUGUAGGAACAGCGCCGUUGUCUCCAGAAGAAAUGAAUCAUAUCACGAACCAAGUUCACGAUGAUCAACCAAAACGAUUCAAUUCUCUGCCACAGAUUCAAGUUGGAUCGUUCUACGGUUUGGCCAAGCACGAUGACAAAAUGUUGAUCCCGAUUCGCUUUGAUGUGACCAGAUUAGAAGGCCAGCCACGAUUGUACGCUGUAGGAAUCGGGUACGAGCGUGGAAUUGACUACGGAAUCAAUCAAUGUUUAGAAGACGAAAUCAACGAACUCAUGCCCCAAACUCGAGCUUCAAGCUCAUCUGAAGUCGAGUCGGACUUUGAAGUUCGUACGAUGCAAUUGAAAGAUGACGAUGACAAUGACGCUGCAUUGGAAAUCAAGAUUCACGAUGUAACGUUGAGUGCUUUGGCCGACGAAAGUAAUGAAGCAGUAUGUGGAGAAUACAGUACCCACUACGAUACGUUCCAACUGAUUGGAAAUGGCACUUUUGGAUCAGUCAAGUUGGCAGCACGAAAGGAUACUGGCCUUCUGGCAGUGACAAAGUUUGUGUGCAAAUCCAAGGUUCUGCCAGAAUCUUGGGUCAAGUCUUCUAGUCGAGGAAACCUAGUACCAAUUGAAGUGCAUCUUCUGGAGACCUUGAAUCACAAAAACAUCGUCAAGGUGCUGGAUGUGUUUGAGAACGAGAAGUACUUCCAAUUGGUCAUGGAGAAGCUCGGUUGUGGCAUGGAUUUGUUUGAAUUCAUCGAGAAUCAUCCCAAAAUGGACGAGCCUCUGAUCUCUUACAUCUUCAGACAAAUCGUCGACGCUGUCAAAUACCUUCACGACAAUGGCAUCGUUCAUCGUGACCUGAAAGACGAGAACGUGAUUAUCGACCGUAACUUCUGUUGCAAGCUCAUCGACUUUGGUUCGGCCGCCUACUUCGGCCCCAACAUCAUCUUCUCCACCUUCUGCGGCACCAUGGAGUACUGUAGUCCCGAAGUUUUGACCGGCAACAAAUAUCUAGGUCCGGAGGUUGAAAUGUGGUCAAUGGGUAUAUUGUUGUACACACUGGUCUUCUUCCAAAACCCAUUCAGAACGCCACAGGAGACGAUUCACGCUGAAAUCGAGUUGGUUUGGGAUGUGAGUGACCAGCUGUUCCAUUUGAUUGGAUGGCUUCUGAAUCCGGACCCAAAGCAUCGUGCCACGAUCAAGGAUGUGAGGGCUCACGAUUGGGUGAAACAACCGGUCGAUCCUACCAACUACAGGUUCCAGGAGGUGUUGAGGAAUUCAGGUAAGACAUUUCAGGCUUUGGAGGAAAUUUUAGGCCUAAAAUAUUGUUUUACAUUACUUUUUCGAAUCUUUAAAACAAAUUUUUUUUAUAAACUGACGUGCUUAAUCUUAUUCUUUGCAGACCGUGCCAGAGUAUCGCCCCCACUGUACGUAUCUGACCUUCAUAAUCAUCUGAAGAGCACCUCGUCGUGUGGAAACUUGGCCAAUUCUUCUUUUUCCUCUAUUGAUGCUCCAUCAAGACCAGAAUCUGGAGUUGUGUCAGCACGAUGA